AUGCCGUCCGCUCUCCCCCCAACGAAGCAGCCAGCUGCUCCUUCUCGACCAGCCCCUCCCCCUCCAGUUGAGAUCGCCAGCAAACUGAACCCUGCCACUCGAAAGGAAUUGAGCUUGCCGAGAAGAGAUGGCAGGACCACGACCAAAAAGUUAUCAUCGGGCAGCACCAUCGAUCGCGAGGGGGCCGCGAGAUCCAAAGUCCGGGCAAUGGUCGACCGCUUCGAGCAACCCGCAACUGGGAAGAGAGACAAGUCACCAGCACGACCUGCGGCACGAACCGGAACGGCAAGGGCACCAGAAAUUGUCCAGGUCGAGACAGGGCGUGCAAAGGGCACCGACAAGGGCGACGUUUUGGACAGAGGUUACAGUGCUGCUAUUGCCGCAUAUGUUCGUGCCGAUGACAUUGCUUCUGCCGUGAAGGACGUCACUGCCAAGAAAACGAUCGUCAUCAGGACUGCGCACGAUGCAGACUACACAAAGGGGAUGGAGGUGGUCAUGGAAAAACCAAGGUUCAACACAAACAAAGAAAAUAUCGACGGCAUUGGCAAGGACAACGGCACGGACAUCAGCAACUACAGACACAAUGUAAUGCCACGAGCGAGGAAGGACAGUGGCCUUUCCCUUCACUCGGCCAAGGUUCCAUCCUCACCCGGGAGUUCAUCCUUGACUGGCUGUGCCUCCGGUUCUUCCUUGGACGCUUGCCCCGUCGGAGUGCCACUGGCGGGAAUAUCUGAACCGGGGAUUUCUGCUCUUGGGACGUCGAUCUCCCAGGGUUCGCAUGCAGCGUCGCUCUCCAUGCCAAGCGUAUACUCCCAAGACGGCCACGAAGACGAGCUCAGCGACUGGGAACGUUAUGAAUAUACGUACGGAUCAGACGCGAACUAUGGGGGCAACGAGGAAAGUCCGUCGAAGCAAAAGAACUGCAAGAUAGCUGUUGGCACCGCACAAAGUCAAGGGAAACGAGACAGUCCGCAGCAUAUCGGUAGUGGCUUCGAAAGCUGCAACUCGGACCGCGUGAGUGGACCUUACUUCCCUGAUCAAGUUCCUGCAAAGCACGGGAAGGAUGCCGCUGUUGCUGCUGCGACUGUCACGGUAGCAUUCUCUACUUUGUCUGAUGCCUCCACACCAACUGCGACUUUAUACCUGCCCGCGACGACAGGUCAAAGCUCCGUGUGCUGGACUGCCGACGAAUCUUCAACCUCUCAGCCGUCGAUACAAUCAGGAAAGUCAUCAGCGCUGCUAUCUACGCCCACGACUUCCAAUACCACGACCCAAUCGUCGUGUCCUCUUCACAGCACCACCCCGUCCCGGAGCAGCCAUUCGGCGGUGUCAUCACCGCUUCUUCAUGACGAUGGCGCUUCUCCUCCUCCUCCAGCAUGGAUGGGCACGAGGACAGACAGCAGCGGCAGCAACAUCUUGCUCCCCAUUUGCUACGACCAUACUCUCGAGCAGGACUCGCUCGAGGUGCUCCGCUACAGGCAGUUCUUUCACCAGCCCCUUGGCCGAUGUCUCGAUGACGGUGCUCCAGAGCCUAUCGGGGAUGGCGGGACUUCUGAUACAUGCGACCUAUUUGACGGUCUCGAACCUCUAGCAAUGCCCAAAGCGAGUGCGAAGAAGAAAAAGAACGACAAGCCUAGCGAGGCAGGGGAAGCUCUCUCGGAGAGUGCGCUUGGACGCAGUUCUGCUGCGGAUGAUGGUAGAUAUACCCAUCCUCGCCCCAUGGCGACACCCAGUAUGAGAGGGGUCGCCACUCGGCGCGAUCCAGACAAAGUGCACGCGUUUUAG